AUCCAUGGACACGAUCCAAUUCUACAUAUUUAGCCUCAUUUUGGUACAUACCUAUUUAGCCGAAUCUUAUCCCAUCUAUGGAUACUGGAUUCUAUUUAUUUACUCCACAUAACCGUUUAAAAAUCUAUUAAUUCCUUUCCCGGGAAGCCCGUCGUGCGCUCUUCCAUAAAUCAAUCCCUAGCUCCCUGCUCCGAUCGGCGUUUCUGUAGAUAUGGUUGUGCUCAGGACAGAACGAGCGAUGAUCUCUUGUUCCUUGCCGGAGUUCCACCCUGCGGGGUCGGCACCGAUCAAGUCUGGAUUUGUCAAAUUACCGGUGAACAAUGCGGCCAAUUUGAGGCUACGCGACGCCGAGAAUGGGAGGCGGAGCUUGUUGCAUCCUGUUCAGGCGACGGAGGAGUCUACUCUGUCGGCGACCAACGGUUGGGCGGAUGUUACUCCCG